AGCCCCGGAAGUGGGCGGGUCCGGAGAGUGACGGGCGUCAUGGCGGCCUCGGCGCCGCUGCGGGACCGGCUUCUCUUCCUGCAGCGGCUGCCCGUCCUGCUGAAGGGGACCGCGGACGACGAGGCCCCGUGUCCCGGCUACGUGUUCCAAGAGGUCGUCAAGAUCUCGCACGAGUCUGCGGGCAGCAGCCAGUGCCUCCUCGAGUACCUUCUGGCCCGGCUGCACGGGGGCUCCGGCCGCGUGAAGCUCAAGGUGCUGAAGCUGCUGCAGCACCUGAGCACGCGCGGCUCCCCCGCCUUCCUGCAGCUGCUGCGCCGCUGCCCCUCCUGCAUCCAGGAAGCAGCAGUGUUUGCAGGCCCCCCGGACCCCCUCCACGGGAACAGCUUGUACCAGAAGGUGCGGGCAGCGGCGCAGGACCUGGGGAGCACCUUGUUCUCAGACCCCGAGUCUCCGGUGCCACCUUCACAUCCCCCUCAGGCCUUGCCGCAUGCAGGAAUGGGCUCCCAGUCCCGGCCCCGGGGGGCGCUCCAGGGCUUCGGCUACAGUGAGGAGCGGCCAGGCUCUGCGGGGGAAGUGUUCCUGUCCAGCGUGCAGAGGGCGGCCGAGGUGCUGGUCCACGCCAUGCGCCCGGCGCCCGCGGGCCCCGCCUGCCCGGCGCCCGGGCUGCGCGCCGGCUCCUACCAGCCCGUGGUGACGCCUGCGCCCCGCAGUCCCCGGCCCGGGGCCGUGCCAGGGCUGGGCGCCCGAGCCGCGCAGCACCAGCCUGGACGGGCCGGCGGGGGCUGGGACGAGCUGGACGGCAGCGGCCCGAGUGUGCAGGGUGACAGCAACCCCGGCAGGGCCUCCGAGGGCGGCUCCGACGGUGACCUGACGGACAGGACCGAGGUGGAGACCCUGCAGGACUGUCAGCCAGAGCUGGGCCUGGUUUGUGCCGUGACCAGGGGACCCCGCGCCUUCCUGAGCCGUGAGGAAACUCGAUGUUUCCUCAAAGAGUGUGGGCGGCUCAACUGUGAGGUGGUCCUGCAGCUGCUGCUCAGCCGCCUGGACGGGCCCGAGGAGUGUGCACAGAUGCGUGUGCUGAGUGCGCUGUCCUCGCUGGGAGGCAGCGAUCUCCUGUCCACGGAGCACGUCCUGCUGCUGGCCCGGCCACGGCUGCACGAGCUGGGCAGCGGCACCCCUGGGCCUGCGGCCACCAAGGCCACCAAGAUCCUGAGGCACCUGGAGGCCGCCUGCCGACAGCGUCCCCCUGCGCCAGGUCCCCCGGGCCCACCCAGCCACGCUGCCGCCCGUGGGGGCCUGUGCGACCUGCUGGCGGACGCUGUGCCCUUCUCCCGGGACCCAUCUCUGCCCUCGCCCCAGAGCCCAGCACCCCCGGCCCCACCGGCCCCGAUGGACUCCAGGGAGCCUCCGGGGGGCCCGGCCAGUUCCGGAGAGCAGGGCCCUGGGUCUGUGCCCAGCCCAGACGGCAGCCUCGGCUCCCUGUUUGCGGGCAUGGAGCUGGUGUCCUGUGCCCACCUGGCGGGGCCGGAGCGGACCCCGGUCUCCCAGAGGGGGUCAGCCAUGGAGCCGCCGGCCCGCGAGCCUUCAGUGUUCGCGUUUCUGAAUGUGUGACCCGCGGGCGCCCCAGGGGCCUGACUUGGUGCCAGCAGCUCAGAGCAGGAGUCCAGCUGGACUCAGGAUGGCCACGCUGGGCUCGGGAGCUGUACCUGGGGGGGGUGUGUCCCCACCCCACAGGGCCUGACUGGGGGUGCCUCAGUCGCCCGGAGGCCACUCCGAGGGUACAGGAGCAGGGGCUGGUGGGGGCCCCCCAGCUCCCAGGGUGCAGCCAGCUCCCCGACUCUUCCAUGGGGGAUGUGGCAGAGACUGCCCGCCCCAGGGUCUGGGGGGGGUCCCCAGGGCCACUCCAGCCUCCCUCCUGCCCUGAUGGCACUUCACAGCAGAGGGCGGCAGAGUGGGGUCUGGGGUGCUGCUCUCGGGGGCGGGGCCUGGUCCUCCCUGUCAGCCCCAGUGUGUGGCCCCCAUCUCUUCCCAACACUGAGGGCUGGGACCCCGUCACGAAUAAAUGCCUCACUUGUU